AUGAUAACAAUCGUUUAUGGGAAUGAGAUUGUUAGAGCUGAAAAGUGGUCUAAGCUGGCUGCUAAAGCCAUGAGGAGCACAUUUUUUCUAUGUAUUUAACAGAUGGGGCGUGAGUGGGUUUGGUUGGAUUCUGAGCAAGACUAUCCCAAUGACUCUGAGUUGAGCAACGACUGCAGGUCCCUCUUCAGCUCAUGGGACUCCAGUCUGGAUCUUGAUGUAGGAAGCUGGAGAGAAACUGAAGAUCCAGAGACUGAGGAACUAGAGGAAAGCAGCCCAGGAAGAGAGCCUAGUGAGCUCUUUGUGGGAGAUGGAGACAGUGAGGAAUCUCAGGAAGAGGCAGAGCAAGUCAACCGCCAGAACCUCCUCCACUUUCUCUCUGAGGGGGAGGCUCAGCAAGACUCCAAAGAGGAGGAACAGGGUGAAGGGUAUGUUUCAGAAAUGGAAGAACAGCCCCCUUCAGGUGACUAUGAUGAUGGUUUCAGCAUUCAGGAAACUCCCCUGGUGGAUAUCCUUUUGAGCCGUGCUAACUCCUCAAAACUGACUGAUCUAAGCCAAGGUGACCCUAUUCAGAAUCAUUUGCUAUUUAAGAAGACUCUUUUGCCAGUCUGGAAGAUGAUUGCCAGUCACAGGUUCAGCAGUCCAUUUCUGAAGCCCGUGUCAGAAAGGCAGGCCCCAGGAUACAAAGAUGUGGUGAAAAGACCUAUGGACUUAACUAGCUUGAAGAGAAAUCUCUCUAAGGGACGGAUUCGCACCAUGGCCCAGUUCCAGCGGGACCUGAUGUUAAUGUUCCAAAAUGCUGUGAUGUACAAUGACUCUGAUCAUCAUGUAUACCAUAUGGCUGUGGAGAUGCAGAGAGAAGUCUUGGAGCAGAUUCAGGUGCUGAGUAUUUGGUUAGACAAAAGAAGAGACUUAAGUACUCUGGAAUGA